UGCAUGGCGCUCUCUUAGUCGCUAACUGGCUGAGAUCGCGAGCGGUUGUUUUGGUUUUGAGCGCGUCAAAAGUGUUAAACACAAAAAUUAAUUUCCAAAACGCCAAAGUUGCAUACGACUGAAUACUUGUUGUGGUCUCGAGACUAUUUGCUUAUUUACCCAACCAAAAUAAUAAUAAAAAAAACAAGCUUUAAGUGGGACACGCGGCGUAUACGCAAUAAAGCUUGAAUACACUGAACGCGAACGAGUUGCGCCCUCGCAAUUUAUUUGGUGGGUGGGUGCGUUGAACCUCGCGCUCGACGUGUCCCAAAUCAUACGACCGUGGCCAGAGACUGUGAUUAGCAAUCACAAUCCACUAUCUAUUAUCAGUUAUCAGUUAUCAGCAUGGGCUACGACGACGUUAUUACGCACCUGGGCGAGUUUGGGCGCUAUCAGAAACGCAUCUACUUGCUGCUCUGUCUGCCGGCAAUAGUUUGUGCCUUCCACAAGCUGGCUGGCGUGUUUCUCCUCGCCCGUCCCGACUACCGUUGCCUGCUGCCGCACGAGGAUGCGGCCACCGCUCGCUUUGAGUCGCUGCCCCGCGAGCACUGGACGCGAGCGUAUCCCAAUGAGAGUGUCACCGGCAAGCCGGACACCUGUCGCUACUACAAUGUGGAUUACAGUGGGGAUUAUCUGGCUGGUAACCAGACGGCAACGCUGAAUGGCACGCUGCAGUGCAGCAGCUAUGUCUACGAUCAGUCCAAGUAUCUGAACAGUGCUGUCACCGAGUGGGACAUGGUCUGCGGUCGCAGCCUGUUGAGUGCCACCAGUGAUUCCUUGUUCAUGGUGGGCGUACUCCUGGGCAGCAUCAUCUUUGGCCAAAUGUCUGAUAAGCUGGGACGCAAGCCAACCUUCUUUGCCUCGCUGGUGACGCAACUGAUCUUUGGUGUCAUUGCGGGCGUGGCUCCCGAAUACUUCACCUACACCAUUUCCCGUCUGAUUGUGGGUGCAACCACGUCGGGCGUGUUCCUGGUCGCCUAUGUGAUUGCCAUGGAAAUGGUGGGUGCGUCUUAUCGUCUCUUUGCCGGAGUCGCCGUGCAAAUGUUCUUCUCCGUGGGAUUCAUGCUGACGGCGGGAUUUGCCUACUUCAUUCACGACUGGCGCUGGCUGCAGAUUGCCCUGACGCUGCCCGGGCUGCUCUUCAUGUGCUACUACUGGAUCAUUCCGGAGUCGGCCAGAUGGCUGCUGUCCAAGGGACGCAACGAGGAGGCAUUUGUAAUAAUUGAAAAGGCGGCCAAGGCCAACAGAGUGGAGAUUCCCAGUGAGAUCUACGAGCAGCUAAUUGAGGAGGCGGCAGAGAAGAAGAAGAAGGAGCAACUGGCUUCCUCAGAGCCAUCAGCUUCGGUUUUCGAUCUAUUGAGAUUUCCCAACUUACGCCGUAAAACGCUGCUCAUCUUCUUCGACUGGUUCGUCAACAGUGGAGUUUACUAUGGCCUCUCGUGGAACACCAACAAUUUGGGCGGCAAUCAGUUGGUGAACUUUGUCAUCUCCGGCGCUGUGGAGAUACCCGCCUAUACCCUGCUGCUCUUCACCCUCAACCGGUGGGGCAGACGCACCAUUCUGUGCAGCACCAUGCUGGUGGCAGGUGUGAGUCUCCUGCUGACCAUCAUUGUGCCGCAGAGCAUGAACUGGCUUUUGAUUACCUGUGCCAUGAUUGGCAAGAUGGCCAUCACCUCGUCAUAUGGCACAAUUUACAUCUUUUCGGCCGAACAGUUUCCCACAGUGGUGCGUAAUGUGGGAUUGGGUGCCUCCUCGAUGGUGGCUCGUGUGGGUGGCAUUCUGGCGCCCUAUUUGAAUCUGCUCGGCGAGAUCUGGCGUCCCCUACCCCUCGUCGUUUGUGGCGCCCUCUCAUUUACUGCCGGUCUAUUGUCGCUGCUGCUGCCCGAGACGCUCGACAAACCAAUGCCAGAGACUAUUGAGGAUGGCGAGAAUUUUGGCAAGCGACAAGCGACGACAAGACGACCAUCCAAGGAGGAGGAGUUGAAGGUCAUGAUCAAUGGCAAGGCGACCAGCUGAAGGGGAGUGACGCGUUGGCUGGACAACAAAACUGGCCAUUUCAGCGAAUUUAGUCAAUUUGCAUUUAUUUAUUCGAUGGAAAUGUUUAUCAACUCAUAUGUUAAAAUUUAUGCAAUUUACUCAAUUUUAUUUACAUUUAUUGUCCAUUAAAAACAAUGCACAUUUUGAA